AUGUCGAGCUCUAAUCAGUAUACUCAGCUCAGCUUUCUACCCACAGAUUCAAAUGAUGAAGAUAGUACUCAUCGCGAAAAUACGGAGGAGGAAAUGAAACUCGAAAAGAAGCGAUAUCCCGGCGCAAGUACCUGGGCUCCUGCCGAAGAACGCCUUUUUGAAAUACUAUUCAUGCGACAAGAUUUACCCAUGCUUCCUCCGACAUGGGAUGUAGAUCUUCGCGGAAUCCCUAUAUCAGACGUUGUUUUCGAGACUUCAGAGGACUACCCACCUAUCAUUUAUGCCCAUCUCAAGAACUUUGCGGCAACACAAUGUCUUACUCGACUCGUGGACCUCACAUCAAGAAUCAGAACGACCUGCCAAAGCGGACAUCGGAAAAGAGCACCACAACAUAUCAAACGAGAGCUCGACAGAUAUUUAAACUGGGCAGCGCAAGAUGGCGGAUACAUGCAUCUGCGCAUCGUUCCCAACAUCAUGACUGAAGUCAUCGACACUGCCAUUCCUGAAAAUGAGAUCACAGACUACAUUUCAAAGCGCAUGAGAUUACUAGCCAAGCUACAGCGCGAGUUUCUUCGUGCGGACAGAAAUUCUCAGUUCUGGGAUGUCGUCAAACCCAGCAUCUUCAAAUCACCCAAGAACACGACAGACCCAAAGAUCAAGAUCGAGAUCGAUGAUAGAUCCCCGUCAUGCACCAGGUGGCUGACACCCGCUGAGAGCCUUGCUAGUCCACAUCCUCACGUCGAAAGGGUCUCUACGAUAGUCGAAAGUCAUGAGGUCGAUAUCAAAGUAGAGCCUGGGCUUAAGAGCCCCAGUAUAUUUGCUACUGCACAAGCCUUUGAGGCCACACGCAUCUCAAAGGUCUCAUCGCCUCCGUACUCCUCGCCAUCGCCUCCAACCAGCGGACCCCAGACACCCCCUGAACGCACCUACACCCGCCAUCCUCCUGUGGUAUACGGCCUAUUUAUUCUCAACACUUCAGUCCUUGUCCUUACGACGGACUCGUCCAGAGGACCGGACUCAUAUGUCAGCUUCCACGUGCAGGUCGACUUCUUUGACGAACAUCAGGGUGUUUGGAACGCUCUGACCAUUGCUCUUGUAGCAUGCCUUGCUCGUGAUGAGCUACGCACUCGUCUGACGGAUUUUGAGGAGCUGCCCGUCUUGGAGGAUAGUGACCCAGAUGCUUGA